GUGCUCCGGGAGAGGCUGGCACUAGCCCUGCGCAGGGAGCGGGGGCCUCAGCCUAGCCCCACCCGGUGUCCAGUUUUCCCUUUGGGAAAUAUAGUCACCCAUGGGGGGGGGGGGCACUGUAAUGCAUUCUGCAGAGUGAGGCACAGACUGGGCAGCACAUGAUCCUCUCCUGCCAAGGAGCAAAUCCCAGCUCUAACUUCGGGCUGCCUGAGAGCGGCUCCGGCUGCUCCGGGCCCUCGCCUUGCCCCGCUGGGCGGCAGGUAGCACUGAGCCGGGUACCAGCCCCUCCUGGCAGCAACAGGAGGAGUUUCCGUGUCCACUGCAAACACCCCUCCCAGCCAGACCCGCCGCCACCGGCCCCAGCCGCGCUCUGCGCCGAGGCAGAGCAGGUGGAGGGACGGGCUGGCGGCACCGGCCUUGGCCCUGGACUAGGAGCGACCUGCAGGAUGAAGCUGGACUGGCUAACUCAGCGCUGCCAGCUGCCGGCUGCCCAGGGCUGCUCCCGUCCGGGGUGUUUCGCUUUGCUGCUGGUAAUAACUCUGUCUUUACUGAUGUACCCAGUGCUGAAGAGUCUAGGUCUUCAGCUGCACUCUGCAGUCACUGGCAGCUAUAUCUCGGGAACCCAGUCCAUUGCUUUUGUUAACUGUCCCAAUGAACAAGUUGCAAAGGAUAUUGCAAGGGCCAUUAUGGAUAAAAAGCUGGCUGCCUGCGUGAAUAUCCUGCCAAAGGCCUCGUCUAUGUAUUUUUGGAAAGGGGAAAUAGAAGAAGCCACUGAAAUACUUCUAUUAGUGAAAACCAGGACGUCAAGAAUAAGUGAAUUAUCUGACUACAUCAGAUCCAUGCAUCCCUUUGAGAUUCCUGAAUUUAUCAGCCUGCCUAUAGACCAAGGAAACCCCUUCUAUUUAAAAUGGAUUGAAGAAGGUGUUCCCGAUGACUAGCUGGACUGCUCCAUUCUGUUCUCCAGACAUACCCAGCGUUUCCUUCCUGCCAGGCAUAGAGGACAUUUGCUUUGGUGCUCUAGUCGUUUCUCACUGGAGGUGGGACUGGUGCAUACAUACGGAAGGACAAUAAAACCCCAAGGGAAUGUAAGUAGCACAAGCGCCUGGGAUUUGGAAUUUGACUCUUACUUGAAAUACAGUUUAAUGGACACACCUCGUUUGUGUAAACCUACAUUCUACUGAGCAUUUAGCAACCAUCGUAAGUGGAGCCUGAAAGGGCACAAGUUGUCCAAGAAUAAUUUCAAAGUUGUGAACUGCAGGGUCUGCAAAGGGGUUGUGAUGGGCUGUGAGCUCCUAGGGAGACGCUACGGCUAUUUAUAGGACCACAGGGUGAAAAUGCACACGAUAGGCCCCAGCAACACAGUCCAUGGAGAAGGACCAGAGUUCCAGUCCACUGGCUUUCAGGGGUUGGCUGCACUGCAGAGGAGGCAUGUGCAGCCCCAGUGACAGUGAGCCAGGGUGAUCGCUGGGCUGUCUGCCUCCUGAAGAAGGGUUGCUGCAAAGUGGGGGAACCAAAGAUGGGGAAGGUCCUGCCGAGCCCUCUGUCCCGCCUGCCCAAAUGAACGUAAAUCAGGAUGCAGCAAAACAGCCCACGAUGCACCAGAUCACGUCAUCUCCUGCUGUGUGGCACCGGUUGCAGCAACAUGUUGCUUUGCGUCCUGACAAGGCAGCCGAGGCAGUUUAAAAACAGCCAGCCAUUCAGAGUGCUGCCUAC